CUGUGACUCAGGCUGUUGGUUUCCAUUCGUCGUUCGUCUGGAAUGAGACUGGAAAGUGGAGACGAAGCAGAAGAAGCAGAAACGGAGAAAGAGCGAGAGGAGAAGAAGAAGAGCUGCAUCAGAAGCUGUCAAUCAUCUGAAGCUAAACCAAUCAUGAUGCAGAGGCGGAGCUCCACCAUGGACAAGUGACGGACAGGAUCAGCGGCCAUGAUGGCGUCCAUCAGACGAUGGAAAAGAAGUCUGAACCUGCUGAACCUUUUGUUGGGUGUGCUCCUGGUUUAUCCUGAAGGGGGUGUGGCUCUGGAGCUUCUGCCAUCAGCCUCUGAAGUUCUGCUCAACUCAAACUCCAACUUCACUGUGGUGUGUUCGGGGUGGAGUCGGGUGACUUGGCGGUUACCUCAGGACCAUCAGCUAAAUGGGGUUUUUGUGGACAGUCAGGGCUCCAGCAGCCUCCUGAAGUUUGUUAAUGUCACCUGGAGGAAUUCUGGGAGAUACACCUGUGAGGAGGAGGCGUCCACUCAGAGCAGAGACAUCAAUGUCUUCAUACCUGGACAAGAUCCAGACGAAUGGUUCGUCCCAGUUGGUCCAGGUGUGGUGAUGAAGGAGGCGGAGGAAGGCACCAUCCCCUGCGUGGUGUCCGACCCACGUCUCAACGUGUCUCUGUUGGAGCGUCCCGGCAGGAUGCCAGUGGACGGGCUGACAUACGAACCGGGCCGCGGCUUCACGGGUCGCCUCAACGACACAUCAUACAUGUGCUCGGCUGCCCGCGGAGCCGAGGAGAGACAGUCCCAGGUGUACUAUGUUUUCAGUGUCAUAGUCCCUGAGGUGAUGGAGGUGGACCUGUCCGUCUCCAGCAGUGUGUUGAAGCAGGGGGAGGUUCUCACUGUGAACUGCACCGUCAAAGACACCCACAUGGUUUUCUUCUCCUGGGACUUCCCCCGCAGACAGGAAAUUGAGCCUCUGACAGAUUUUCUGCCGAAUCGGAUUCGCUCCUUUGUGAACAUCACCGCAGCAACAGUGGCAGAUUCAGGUGUGUAUGUGUGCACGGUUCAGGAGACGAAGGAAGACAGGAAGGUGGAGAAGAACAUCACAGUGACAGUGCUGGGUUGGUACACAACAGACACACAACAGACACACAACACAGACACACAACAGAAACACAACAGACAG